GAGGUGCGGUUGGGUGUACUCAGAGUGCCCUUGGGGUGUAUGGGUGUAGUUGGGGCACAGGGGUGUGUUUGGGGUGCAGUCGGGUGUAGUUGGGGUGCAGUUGAGGUGUGUGGGUAUAGUUGGACACAGGACUGUGGUUGGGGUGUCGUUAGGGUGUAUGGGUGUAAUCAGGGUGUACUUUGGACUGUGGUAGGGCUAUAGAUGUGCAGCUGGGAUUUAUGGAAGCAGGUGGGAUGUAGUUGGGUUGCAGGGGUAUAGCUGGAGUGCAGUUGGGGUGUAGCUGGGGUGCACUGGUUGUGUCUGCCUGAUGUUUUGGGAUGGGCUGUUGGGUUGUGUGUGAGGUGGUGUUGGUGUGUGUGUGUGGGGUGUUGGGGCGUCUGUGUCCCAGGGUCCCCCCAGAGCCAAUGCUGGAGACCAGAGCUCCUGGGCGGCGGGGGAGGCAGCCCCACCCAUGGAUGCUUCUCUGCUGAUUCCACCCAAACACCAGGGUUCUCUACAAAUCCACCGCCCCAGUGCCUGGAUCCUCUUCUGGUCCUUCAGGGUCCCUCCUGGUAUAUGGAGGGAUCUGUAGAGGACCAAGAUGUUCAAGGGUGUGUCUGUAGAGGACUCAGGUGUCUGAGGGCAUCUGGUCCUUUUGAACCUUAACCCCCCCCCAAAAAAAACCUCAUCACAAUCAAAACCAUCAUUUAAUUCAGUGGAGGAAGUUCCUAACUGCUGCGGCGUGGCUGAGCGUGGUCGCGCUUCUGCUUGCCUGGAGCCAGAUAUGGCUGUGGUGCUGGGUGGAACGGAAACGGGCUGCGCUUUGGAGAGAAAAGUGGUGAAGUCGGGCUGGCUGUGUUGAGGAUGCGCAUUCUGGGAUCUGCUCCCUUCCCUGUUAGGGUGUGAUAUUACCCGCCCUGUGCAGGAAACCACUGAUCAGCCUGGGAUGAGUCCUGGAUCACAGGAGGGAAUGAUCGUCUUAGUUGCUUUGGUGGCUUUCUCUGCCUUUCAACCACCCAAGGUUCAACACUCUCCCAAGGUUCAACAACUGAAGGUUCAACCACCGACGGUUAUGCCAUUGAAGGUUCAAAGUUCUCCCAAGGUUCAACCACUGAAGGUUCAGCCACUGAAGGCUCAACCAUCUUCCAAGGUUCAACCCUCUCACAGGGUUCAACCACCGAAGGUUCAACCCUCUCCCAAGUUACAUCGACUGAAGCUUCAACCCUCUCCCAAGGUUCACCCACGGAAGGUUGAACCGCUGAAGGUUCAAUACUCUCGCAAGGUUCAACCCCUGAAGAUUCAAAUUCUCAAGGUUCAACCAUCUUCCAAGUUUCAACCAGUGAAGGUUCAACGCUCUCCCAAGGUUCAACCACUGAAGCUUCAACCCUCUCCCAAGGUUCAACCACUGAAGAUUCAAUCACUGAAGGUUCAACCACUGAAGGUUCAGCCACUGAAGGUUCGACUUCUCAAGGUUCAACCCUCUCCCAAGAUUCAGCCAGUGAAGGUUCAACCAGUGAAGGUUCAACCCUCUCCCAAGUUUCAACCAGUGAAGGUUCAACCCUCUCCCAAGGUUCAACCACUGAAGGUUCAGCCACUGAAGGUUCAACCCUCUCCCAAGGUUCAACCACUGAAGGUUCAGCCCUUUCCCAACGUUCAACCACUGAAGGUUCAACCCUUUCCCAAGGUUCAACCACUGAAGCGUCAACCCUCUCCCAAGGUUCAACCCUCUCCCAAGGUUCAACCACUGAAGAUUCAGUCACUGAAGGUUCAACCCUUGAAGGUUCAACCACUCAAGGUUCAAUGCUCUUCCAGGUUUCAACCACUGAAGGUUCAACCUUCUCCCAGCGUUCAACCAGUGAAGGUUCAACCCUCUCCCAAUUUUCAACUACUGAAGGUUCAACCGCUGAAGCUUUCACCCUCUCCCAAGAUUCAGCCACUGAAGGUUCAACCACUGAAGGUUCAACCCUCUCCCAAGGUUCAACCACUGAAGGUUCAGCCCUUUCCCAAGGUUCAACCACUGAAGGUUCAGCCCUUUCCCAAGGCUCAACCACUGAAGGUUCAACCCUCUCCCAAGGUUCAACCACUGAAGGUUCAGCCACUGAAGGUUCAACCCUCUCCCAAGGUUCAACCACUGAAGGUUCAGCCCUUUCCCAAGGCUCAACCACUGAAGGUUCAACCCUCUCCGAAGGUUCAACCACUGAACGUUCAACUGUCAAGGCAGACAGGGCAGGGCAAACUUACUCUUUUGGGGAUACCCUCAGUGACACCAUUGCUUUCUCUUUCUCCACAGAAGGAUUUUUUACAUCUUUUCCCCUUUUCUCCUUGAUUGCUGUUUGAAAUUGGCCAAAUUCCCUAUUCCCCGCAAGGGAUGAAGGGUUGGGAGUUGCCUUUCCCACAGACUCCUACAAAAGGAGAGACAUCAGGUUAGGUGUAAGGCAGAUGGAAAACCAAAGAAUUUUGAAAAUGAUUCAUUGCAACAGUUUAAUGGCUAAAUGGAAAAUUUCCUUGGCCCAUGAAGUGGGGAAAGUGGGAUUUUCCUGGAAAAAAAGGAAGUCCAUACCAUAUGCACUGGGAUGUGAAACUUGACAUUUUUGUGGGUCAUACUCAAAUGGUGUUUCUGGAAUCAUUGGUUCCACCUGCUGUGGCCACUAGUAUGUAAAGGAAAAAAGUCACCCAAAUUGACUGUUUUAGACCAAAGCAAGACCAGUGAUUGUAUGAUAUCCUCAAGACAGUCAGCCUUCAGUUCUUUUUUUUCCAACAAAGUGAAGUACCUCAUCCCUCCAUUGCUCCUGGUUUUCUCUCCUUUUUUUUCUCCCUUCCCACUUCAGCCAUUUCUUUUUUUCCCAUCGUUUCGACCCAAGACAUUGGGAGGUCCUGCAGGUGCCACUGUGUGGUUUGGUAGCACGUUUUCUGCAGACACACGCAAAUGCAAUCUGGUUUUGAGGUGAUUUUUUGCUGGUCGAGGUAGAAUGGAAAUGUGUUUUUGCUGAUCUGUGGUCUUGGUAGUCCACGGGCUUAAACAGAAACUUUUCAUUGUUUUCUGGAUAACAGUGAACAUGAAGAGCAAUGUCAAAAUACAGUGUUAUUACAGCGUUUGUGAGAAUAUCAGCUUAAAUAGUAAAUUAUAACAACAAGUAGCUUGCAGCAUUUAAAGGAAAAUCUCCAAGAAUGAAUUUAAUAUUCAGACACACAUUAAGGGCUGCAGAAUUGAGUUAUGGAAAAUUGCUUUUUUAGUGUCUUAGUGUCAACAAACCGCAUCGUGUACCUUGAAUGCUCUGCUGGGAUGUUCAGUGCUAGGCAGUGGGGUUGGAGGACCACCUGGAGGACUUGGUUCUUCUUCUUCUUGCCUGGCAAAGCUGCCAAAUUUGAGCUACAGUCAAGUAAAAUUCAUUGUACAAAUUUGGGUCUCAUCUACAGCGAAACAGAAGAGGACAUGCAUAAGUGAUGCAGCGGGUCGGUGGGUGAUGGGAAAGUCUCAGUGGCUUCUAGACCUGCAGGCUACGUUGCUGCAUAGUUGUCAUCCCAUGGGGCAUGUCAUACGAGGGUUGAUAUGGGCCCUCUGCAGAGAACUUCAAAGAACCCUGAGAUACCCUCAGCCCUCAGUGGCAGAUGCUUUGAUGGCAGAGUAGUUCCUCUGGGGCACCAAAAUCAAUGAGGAGAUGGUGUCAUCCCAAAGAAAAGUGUCACCCAAAACAAAGAGCCUGGCUUCUGGUUGCCCCACAGUCAGUUGCAGAAGUGACCAGUCAUGGUCAUGAAUAUAGUCAUCCAUACAGUCACGGACUUGGUGAAGGACAUGGUCAUGGUCUCUUCUCUUGUUCACUUCACACCACCACCAAGCCCUCCCUCUCCCAAACAUGCAGGCAGGGUGAAGUGUAUGUUUCUGUCUUCCCACCAGGUAUGUCCAUGUCAGCAUACGUCAGCCCAUGAAGGUGUACAAUGUUCUUGGCCAGCUGAAACCCUGGUUUGGUGGCAGGGAACCUCUGAUCCUUUCCAGUGGGCACUUUGACCUCAAGUGAGUAGAAAGUGCCAAAUCCAACUAUAUUCACACCCUGGAGAUCACAGAGAGAAGAAAUAAUUAGAGUCUUGGUUUUGCUACAAAAAAAGAAUCAGAAACCCAUUGAGGUGGGAUGAGACCCCUUACAUUCCAACCCGACUGCUCAAACAGGGCCAGCUGAAGCUGGUUGUCCAGGAUUGGCUCCUGCUGGGUUUUGAAUAUCUCCAUGUGAUGACGUGCUACCAUGUGGGAUGGUGCUUGGUACCUCCAUGACACCAGGGAAGCCCUUGCAGAAGCCCUGCAGUCUGGAAUUUCCUUUCUUUGUCUUUAAAAAGAUUUGGUGAAGCCAAAGCCUAGAAAAUGUUCCCCAGCUGGAGAAGAUCUAAGAAGUUUCCACUGUCUGGGAGAAACCACAAAAAUGUCCCAUAUAAUCUAUUUGGUCUUUCCAGCCUGGCUGUGGGGACCAGAGGUGGCCAAAAGGUGGCAAACUCGUUCUUUGGGUUAAAUCUGGGACUUUUGGGGGUUAUGUCUUUGACCUCGAUAGAAUGAGAAGUCGAUUUUGUCUCCUGUAGAGUCAGUGUUCAAUGGGGCGACUUACUGGAUCAGAAAGACCGAUGUGCCUUUUGGUGGCACAGGGGGGACAAGGACAAAGACAAUGCUGCUCUGCCCCACCUUGUCCUUCAAAAUCUCCUCUUUGACGUAAGUAGACACAGCUUCCCAAAACAGCAAUGAUUUCUGAAAAAAAAAAAGAAAAAAAGUCAAACUCUCUGGCUGCAAAGGGACAGCACCAAAUCAACAUUGGCCUUUCCAGAUCGGGUGUUAUAGCAUUAAAAUGUCAAUGUGUUUUGUGGAAAGAGCCCCUGGAGAUGUUACCAUGGGUGGGGAGCAUCUGCAGUGUCAGCAGCUUGUGUGAAUGUGUUUUCCUCCACAGCUGCAAGAGAGCCAUGAAAUGGCCUCAGGUUCACCAUCGCCUGUCCCAAGGCCUGCAGGCUUGGCCCUGAAAUGGGCCAGAAAGUGGUGUUUUAUGGUCCUUCAGGAUGCCUAGAUCUCACUCUUGAUCUCUGGUUUCACUUGGGACCUUCAAGACACCCGAAUGUCUGGAAUCCCCCUGGGAUGUGCGGAUUCACUGGGGACCUUCAAGACCCCUGGACACCUCCCCCAUUCCAUGUCUGGGUUCACUGGUGACCCCCAAGAUCCCCCUGGACUCCUGGGUCCACCCUUCCAGCCCAGAGAGUCAAUUGCAUCGGAUAAUGUUGGAUUGGAAAGUCUGCUAAGUAAAUAGAUU